CUGCACUACGGGACCCUCCUGGGCAGCAGAGCUUGUGCCCACAUGGCAGCAGCUGCCUGGGCCAGUGCCUUUCUCCAUGCUCUGCUGCACACAGCCAAUACAUUUUCCCUGCCCCUGUGCCAGGGCAAUGGCCUGGGCCAGUUCUUUUGUGAAAUCCCCCAGAUCCUCAAACUCUCCUGCUCACACUCCUACCUCAGGGAACUUGGGCUUCUUGCUGUUAGUGCUUUUCCUAUCUUUGGUUGUUUUGUGUUCAUUGUUUUCUCCUAUGUGCAGAUCUUCCGGGCCGUGCUGAGGAUCCCCUCUGAGCAGGGAAGGCACAAAGCCUUUUCCACCUGCCUCCCUCACCUGGCUGUGAUCUCCCUGUUCCUCAGCACUGGGUUUUUUGCCUACCUGAAGCCCCCCUCCAUCUCCUCCCCAUUCCUAGAUCUGUCCCUGUCAGUUCUGUACUCAGUGGUGCCUCCAAGUGCCAUUGCAGCCGUGACUUCAUCUCCCGUCAUGCACCGCGCCCGACAGAGAGACAUUGCAGCUGCGCCUUCAACUCCCGUGAUGCUCCGCGGCUCCUUUGGACACCCCUGGCCCUUCGUGGCCUCCCCCCAGGAACAAGAGGACAGAGCAAGGCUACAAGUUGAGAUAGAGGGACAAGAAUGGGCAAACAGGAUGGAAGAGUGA